UUCACUACGUUAACAUAAACAUCCAAACACCUAUUCACCAGGCAAACUUAUAAUGUCUUGUUUCGGGAGGGCGUAUUGAGAAUUUCAGAAACCCACAUUUUUGGUAAAUAUGCGAUUUCUGGAAUACGGAUAACAUGUCAUCCCGGGUUUGCUGACGAAAGAGUGUCAGUGUCCAGGUAACGUGAACAUGGGUUUUGAGUCACGCACUGUGUCUGCAAACAUUGGCGAUAAGACCAGGCGGACCUGGCAUAUUAUCUACACGACUACCCAAUGUAGUUAGUGUCAGACAAUCGGACGGUAUAACGGUUACAUUGGUCCUGUCUUAUUAUGAUGGAAGUUAUACGAUUGGUCAGUAACACUUUGUUUCUUUAAUUCAUACUGUAAUUGGAUAUACCAUGUUUACCUCUGAAGGCAGCAACUAAGUGGACUAUACACAUAAAACUGUUCGCGAAUGCUAAAUGCAUUUUCUUCAUUUUCUUCAUCGAAGGAUUAUCUUGUGUCUUUUUAUAAACAUAAAGAAUUCAGCAAUAGCUAGCAUUCUUAUCUAUUGGUGUUGGCGAGCAACAGACAUGAAAACCCAGCCUUGGCUUCUCUACAUCUGCUUUCUUCUCGUUGUCAUCUUUCUUCUCGUCUACAUACAAGAACACAGUGGCAGCCUCAAACACAUGAAAUUCCUCUCUACAUCAGUUGGAAUCAGCCCGGUUGACAACACGCAGGAAUUUAUCCGGAGUUUAGCUGGUACAAAUAAAAGUUUGACUAUCAUUACUGGGUUCUUUGACAUUGGAAGUUUCCCAAAAGGAUCUGUAGCUAAUGUAAGGACACCACAAAAAUAUGAAAACUGGUUGAGUGUAUUGGGGAGAGUGAAGAAUCCGGUCAUUUUAUACACAGAUAGCCAAGCUUUUGCGACGUUAUUCAGGAAAAUACGCAACAACACAAAACAUAUAACAAAGGCAAACGUCAUAGAAAGAAACACUUUAUGGAGUUUCCAAAUUAUGCCAAAAAUUGCCAAACUAUAUUCCGUGCCGGGAUAUCCAAAGCACUAUCCAAAUACAUAUGUACCGGCUUACACCGCGCUCACACAUUCGAAAUUACCUGUCGUGUUAGAUGCAAUAAAGGAAAACUUUUUUACUACUGAAUACUAUUGCUGGUUAGACAUUGGAUAUUUCCGAGAAAUAGUGUCCAGAAAUAAGACAUUCUGGUUGGAGGUUCCCAGUGAUUUCGAUGCCACCAAAGUUGGUGUAACGCGUGUUUAUAAUUCAAAACUCUCACACAUUCGACCAAAGACAAUAAUUUACGGAAAUUUAAACUGGAUCGGAGGAGGAUUGUUUCUGGGAAAGCCAGAAGUACUUGUAAGAUUUGCUGAGCAAUACAAAUCUGCAGUGAUGAGAUAUCUGAACGAGAGUUUGAUGAAUGUAGAACAGCACAUACUGUAUUCCAUGUUUACAACAGAAGAACGGAAGACACACCCGUUAGAUGUCGACGUACAACUCUACAUCCCAGGAACAAAGAAAGUCAUGUCCGGGGACCCUUGGUUUUACUUGGGUUAUCUUAUGUAUGACGAAACAUAGCAGAGUAGUUUAUUUUACAAAGUAUUUUAUUACCAAGCAUUUAAAAUAUGGAUAUGUAUUGGAUAUUAAUUGUAUUGAUUGAUCAAUGAAAUAAAUAAACAAAAGAAUUGAUAUUAACUGUGAGUAACAUGCCGUUCCUUGCAAAAAGAAAAGGGCAAAUUUUCACAAUUACAAAAAUGACAUUUCUGAUAGUUUAUGAUUGUGAAUGGAAGUUUCGUUAAUUAAGUGAACGUGAAUAUUUACAUUCAAUAGGGAUAAAUCAAUUAUACUCGGGUAUUUAAGAAUAUAUUCAUGUUUUAUUAUUAUUUCCUAUUAUACUGUCAACAAUGCGCAAUACUAGGGGGUAAGGAAGUAUUCAAUAUUAUAGAGACAUAUGGUAUAGAAAAGGCUAAUACGAAUUGACAUUUCAAUUUUAUUAUAUGAUGUCAUCAUUAAACUAUUAGGUGUCACCGGUAUAUUAUUUCAGUAUAGAAAAUGAUGAUGUUAAUUUAUAUUUCAUUAUGAUAUAUGAUGUUAUCAACAUAAUUAUUAUUUGAUCAUCUCAUUCAGUAAUUUGAUUUUAACAUUAUUUCAAAUAAUGUCAUUAUCAUAGGAUUUAUUUUCACCAAAAUAUUAUUUAGCUGUAUCCUAACAUGAUUCCUCUUUUCACAAAUAAUUUGUACGAUAUUGUAUCGCUAUACCAACUUGUCAUUAUAGUAUUCGAUAUUGUAUCGCUAUACCAACUUG